AUGAUUGGCAUGAUUUUGGAUGAAGCGAUCCUUGCCAACGGCGGAGAUCAGCAGGACUUGCUGCUAUGCCAACUUAGCGAAAGCAGCACCCUGCUUGCUCAACUCGGCAUUCUCGUCUCUGAAGGACUCGACCGGCUCAUGCAAAACCAAGGUCCAAAGAAGUACGUCGUUGUCGCCACGGGAACGGAAACGCAUGAAUUCCGUGUUGAAAGAUGA